UGUUUUUUUUUAGAUUGUCGGAAACGUAAUUAGUUAAGAAGACUUUGACUGAACAAUGAUACCGCAUGUACGGUUCGUAUUGUCGGCGGGAUUCUAACCCUCAUAAAGUUACGUCAAUGGAUUUUGAGGUUAGGUUUCCAAAUAUCUGCGUGCGUGCAUGCUUCCAUGCUUGUUAAACCCGUAAAUUCAUAACAGAUGACGAUUGAUGUGAAUAAUAAGAAACGAUGAACUUCUUUGAUGUCACAGAUUCACGAAAUGCACGAAACUGAAGGAUUUGAAACCCCGUCAAACUUCAAGUAAGGUAUCAAUAAUAUACUAAGAUGCGUCAAGACGAUACUCCACCUACAUCGCCUCUUAUGGAGGGGGAGAUUGAUGAAAACGAUGUGGUGUACAUUGAUGAUAUAGACGAAGUAAUAAAUGCAGGAGAUGAAGAAGAUGGAGAUAUGGGAGAUAUGGAAGAAAUGGAAGAGGAUGGCCAAGGGCGAAAUGAUGCUAGCUGCAUUUUCUCUAAACACACUGGAUCAGUUUUCUGUGGGGCUUUGAGUAAAAACGAAAAUUUGGCAGCAACUGGCGGAGAAGAUGACAAAGCAUUUGUUUGGGAUACCGUUUCAGGUGAUAUUAUACUUGAAUGCACAGGCCACAAAGACAGUGUCACAUUUUCAGACUUUAAUCAUGACGAUUCGUAUUUGGCAACUGGUGACAUGGGCGGUUUUAUACAAUUGUGGAAAUUGAGCGACAAAAGUGUUAUAUGGAAAUACGAAAUGGAUGAUAUGACUUGGAUGCAGUGGCAUUCGGCAGCGAAUGUUCUUUUUGCCGGCUCUAUUACAGGCGAGAUCUACAUGUGGAAAGUUCCAAGUGGGGAAUGUAAAAUUUUGCCUGGCAGUGGAGAACGCCUUGAGACGGCUGCAUUAUUGCCAGACGGUGUAAGACUUUCAGUCGGUUAUAAAGAUGGAAGCAUACGUAUAUGGGAUUUAAAAUCGAACUCUGUUAUGUUCACUAUCGCGAAAGAUUUUGGACACACCGAAGCUGUACUUGCACUAGAUUGCUACGUAGAUAACAAUUUAAUAUUGUCUGCUGCUUUAGAUGGCAAAACAAUAAUUAGUUCAUCACAAACUGGCAAGGUAUUAUCCGUCCUUCAAGAUCUUGGAGAAAUAACGGAUUCAAAUAAUGUUGAAGAUGAGGGUGCAAUGGAAGAAGUUAAAAAAGGCAAUUAUGUAGAGACAGUAGCUUGGCAUAAAGAUCCUGAGCAUCAAAUAGCCGCUACUGGCACUCUGAAUGGAGAAAUUUUCAUCUGGGAUGUUGCGAAGCAAACCGUCAGACAAAAAAUCGAAUUGGAAGACGGGAUAAAUAAAUUAAUGUGGAAAGAAGGGACCACAAUACUGUUGGCCGCAAGUUUAGACGGCAUUCUAAGAUGUUUCGAUGGAAGAUCAGGUGUUUGUCUCAGACUAUUUGUCAGUCAUUCUGCAGAUUUACUGGAUUUAUCUGUUUCAAGAAGUGGCAUGAAAGUUUUGACGACUUCCGAUGACAAGACAGCAAGGAUUUUUGAAAUUGAUAUACACUAAUGUAACUAGAAAAUUAAAAAGGAAAUAAAUAUCAUUAUGUUACGUUUUGAUAUAAAUACAAAAAA